AUCAUCUACAUUCAUCUUCAAACAGGGAAGGUGAGCUCACCUCUCUCAGAAGCUGCAUGAAGACACUGGAAAUUGUAAGAUGAUCAUGGCACAAAGCACAAAGCUUAAUAUGUCCUUCAUACUGGAUGCAUACAAUAGAAUACAUGAACUGAAAUAUGUUUUUAUUGUCAUGCUAUUUUUACUCUACACAAUCAUUAUCAUGGCUAAUGCACUGAUCAUCUAUGUAACUUACAUUGAGAGAAAACUACAUAAGCCAAUGUAUUUCUUCAUAUGCAAUAUGGCAUGUAUAAAUGUAUAUGGUGGUACAGCAGUUGCACCUUUUGUCAUAACAAGAUUCUUGACAGGGGAUUAUCAAAUAACAUGGGUUUCUUGUAUUGCACAGAUAUUUUGUAUAUAUACAUAUGGUGGAUGUGACAUAACAAACCUAACAGUUAUGGCUUAUGAUCGAUAUAUUUCUAUAUGUUAUCCUUUAAUGUAUGAAAAGAAAGUCACUCCUACAAUAGUAAUUAUAUAUAUUGCAUUCACUUGGCUUUUCCCCUUUUUCCGAUUUUCAAUCACUCUCUCACUAACAGCAAACAUUGACAUCUGUGGUAUCAUCAUUGAAAAGGUCUACUGUGAUAAUUAUUCAGUAGUGAAGCUGUCAUGCUCUGAUAUUUCAUAUUAUAACAUAUUUGGCACAACAAUGAUAUUUUUUUCAGUUGUACUCCCAUUUUUUAUCAUUUUCUACUCAUAUUUAAGGAUCAUCUUCAUCUGUUUAAAACUGACAAAGAGAGGACGAGACAAACUCUUUAGCACUUGUGUCCCACAUCUAAUGGCAUUAUUGAACUUCAUAAUUGGGAGUUCCUUUGAACUUUUCCAAAGCCGAUUUGAUAUGAGACAUGUACCCUACACGCUUCGUAUAAUACUUUCUUUGUAUUUCCUUAUUUUGUCUCCAAUAAUUAAUCCAGUCAUUUAUGGGAUGAGAACGCAGGCAAUAAAGGAAGCUAUAAUAAGAAAACUUUGUAAUAAGUUAUAUCAAAGGAAAUCUGUUGCAAUCUGUCAAAGUUGAAAACCCUGUCAAUAGUAGGUCAAGGUUUUAUUUAUAAAACAAUUGUAAAACAAUAGUUGGCAAUAUGUUGUUUUUAUGAUUGUGUAAGAUCAAGUUACAACACUAUAAUAAACAUUAUAAUUAUGAUAUUCAAUAUUUUGUGUAAAAGUGCAACAACUGUACUGUAUAUAUAAUGCAAGCGUUACAGAGGUAGCGUGCACAAUCUGAUCAAUGUUCUAUGAUAUGGGGAUAAUAAUAAUGUAAAAUAAGCAGGUGUUUAUCCAUUUAAAAUUUAACAAGUAUUUGAGGCAGAAGAAUAUUAUACAUAUUGUUAGCAGAAUAUAGUUAAUUCCACUCUUGUGAAUAAUACAAUCAUUGUGUAUCAAACUGGUGUCAAACUACCUGUAUUUCACAUACAGAACUGUUUACAAAUAUAAUUCAUAAUUAGUGCAGCAAACAAGCCUUUAGUGAUAAAUGUUGAUACUUCAUAUGUCCGAAAACAAUGCAUCAUGCUUCUCUUUUUAUUGCAAUUUUUAGUUCAGUGUUUAGGUUUUUUGUCAAAAUUUUUAUUUUCUGUAUUGAAAACAUAUAUGUGUAAAACUGAAACAAUGCAAAAUUUAGUUUUAGUCAACACUUGAGGUGAAAUUCCUGUUUUAAAGCAAGAGAUAUAAUGUAAGCAUGUUUUGACUCUGUGAAACAAAGGUACAUAUGUUGUGUUAAAUUACAGUCUGCUCAUUUUCAUCAUUAACUAUUAUUAAUUAU